AUGGAUAAGUUUUACGUAUUCCAUCGCAAAAAGCCAACGAUAGAAGAACUAAACGAUAAAGUUACAAUAAAUCAUGAAGGAACACUUAAUAAAGAAAAAUUCAAAGAACUUGUCAGUGCCUUAUUUGAAAUGACGAAUAAGGGCAUAACCGAUCGCGAUAGCCAAGUUUGCAAAAUGGGAUUCGAUUUUUUACGUUUAAAAGAAAAGGAAAUUCGAGAAAAGAGACGUCAAAAUCAAGUAAAAAUAACUACUGAACAAAUGAGUAGACUAAAACAUCAUAGAUUGGCUUAUUCUCUCUUGGCUUCUAAUAAUCCCAUACCCGAAAAUCUAUUUCUUGGAUUGUUUUCACACAGCGAUUCAGAAAACAUUUCUCAAUCCAAUAAAUUUUUAUAUAAAAUUAAUAAAGAUCAAACAUUAGAAAAUACAAAUAACGAUCUAGCUUGGAUACCGACUCCUGAGUUUCUAGAAACAAUGAACGCAGAAGCUGAAAAACGUGAAUUAGAAAUAAACAAUAGGGUAGAGAAACGUAUACAAGAGUUGGAACAAUUACCAUCAAAUUUAUCAAAUGAUCCUUUAAAUGUUGGUGAAUUAAGUGAAGACAUAUCUGGUCCCAAAAUAAAAAAAAUAAUAGAAUUAAAAUCUUUAAAAUUAAGACAAGAACAACAGAAAAUUCGAAAAAAAGUUAUUCAAUAUUCUCAAUAUUUUUUUAAUCCUCGAAAAGAACGAAAAUUUAAUCUGAAACAAUAUGAACGUCCUAUACUCAAAAGGAUUAAAACUGCAGCAGAUUACGAAAGGGAAGAAAUGAGAAGGAAAGAAGCAAGGACCCGUGAAGAAAAAGAAAAGAGAAUGAAAAGGUGUAACGAAGUCAUCUCACAAGCCUUCCACUUACAACUUAUGGCUGAAACUAAACAAGUUAAGCGUUAUAAAUUAGGAAGAUCAAUCAUCGCCUAUCAUGCUCAUCUUCAACGGCAAGCACAAAAGGAAAUGGAACGAUCAGCUAGAGAACGUAUAAAUGCAUUAAAAAAUAAUGACGAAGAAGCUUAUAUGAAGUUGGUUGAUGAACAUAAAGAUGAACGAAUUACACAUUUAUUACGACAAACUGAUCGAUUCCUAGAAACUUUGACCGAAGCUGUCCUAGAACAUCAGAGAGAUCACAUGAAGAACAAUAAGACCAAUAAUGUCAAUAGUGAUGAUACCGAGACUGAAACAGUAGCAGAUGGUGAAGAUGGAAAGAAAAUCGAUUAUCUUGCAAUUGCUCACAAAGUACAAGAAGAAGUUGAACAACCUAACAUUCUGUUAGGAGGAAUAUUAAAAGAUUAUCAAAUUCAAGGUCUGAAAUGGAUGGUUUCACUAUUUAAUAAUCGUCUAAAUGGUAUUUUGGCUGAUGAAAUGGGUUUAGGAAAAACAAUUCAAACAAUAUCACUUAUUACUUAUCUUGUUGAAAGAAAGAAUGAACGAGGUCCUUAUUUAAUCAUUGUCCCAUUGUCUACUAUGACAAAUUGGGUAUUGGAAUUUGAAAAAUGGGCUCCUUCCAUAAAAAUUUGUACUUACAAAGGGACCCCUCCUACUCGAAAACUUCUUCAAAAAAAGUAUUUAAAAAAUCCCGAAUGUCAAGUAUUUCUAACCACUUACGAAUAUAUUAUCAAAGAUAAGGCUGUUCUAAGUAAACAGAAAUGGUUAUAUUGCAUAAUCGAUGAAGGUCAUCGUAUGAAAAAUAACAAUUCUAGGCUUUCAAUAGUUUUAUCCAAUGAUUACGCUCUUAAAUAUAGGCUUAUUUUAACUGGGACUCCCCUUCAAAAUAAUCUUCCUGAAUUAUGGGCAUUGUUAAACUUUAUUUUACCGAAAAUUUUCAAUUCGGUUAAUAGUUUCGAGGAAUGGUUUAACACGCCAUUUGCAAAUACAGGUGGGCAAGAUAAAAUCGAAUUAAACGAAGAAGAAACUUUAUUGAUCAUACGAAGAUUACAUAAAGUUUUACGUCCAUUCUUGCUUCGCCGUUUGAAAAAAGAUGUCGAAUCACAGUUGCCUGACAAAGUGGAACGAAUAAUAAAAGUCAAAUCAUCUGCACUUCAACAAAAAUUAUAUAGUCAAAUGAUUACUCACGGAGCCAUAUUUGUUGGAAGUGGAGAAAGAGGAAAAACGGGUAUAAAGAGUCAUCGAAAUACUGUAAUGCAGUUACGAAAGAUUUGCAAUCAUCCUUUUGUUUUUAAAGAAGUGGAACAAGACAUUAACCCUACCAAUGAUGAUCAAUUAUUGGUUCGUGUAUCAGGAAAAUUUGACUUCUUAGACCGAGUUUUACCCAAAUAUUUUGCAACCAAACAUCGUGUUUUAUUAUUUUGUCAAAUGACAAAUAUUUUAACUAUUAUGGAAGAUUUUCUCAACUGGAGAGGUUAUAAAUAUUUAAGAUUAGAUGGAAGUAUUAAAUCAGAUGAUCGAACCACUUUAUUAAAAUCCUUUAAUAGUCCAGAUUCUCAAUAUUUUAUAUUUUUAUUGAGUACUCGUGCAGGUGGUUUGGGUUUAAAUCUUCAAUCUGCUGAUACUGUUAUUCUUUAUGAUUCCGAUUGGAAUCCACAUCAAGAUCUUCAAGCGCAGGAUCGUGCUCAUCGUGUUGGUCAAACAAAAGAAGUUCAAGUACUUCGAUUGAUUACGCAAAAUUCAGUUGAAGAAAAAGUUUUGGCUAAAGCACAAUUUAAACUAGAUAUGGAUGGUAAAGUUAUUCAAGCCGGUAAAUUUGAUCAAACUACCACUGAUAAAGCUCGUGAGGAAUUUCUUCGAUCCCUUCUUGAAGGUGAUAACACGGAUGUUGGUGGUGAUGAACGGGAGGAUCUAGAUGAUGAUGAAAUCAACGAAAUUAUUGCACGUAGUGAAGAUGAACUUAUCCUAUUUCGAAAAAUGGAUGAAGAGAGAAUUCGUGCAGAAGAGGCUAAGUGGAAAGUAAAAGGUUUACCUGUUCCAGAAAGGUUAAUUACAGAAUCUGAAUUACCUCAAGUUUACCUUAGAGAAUUUAGACCUAUUCUCGAUGAUGGAGUUGAAUAUGGACGUGGACAACGUCAACGCAAAGAGGUUAUUUAUGAUGAUGGAUUGACAGAAGACCAAUUCUUAGCUGCAGUAGAGAAUAAUGUUGACCUUGAGAACCUUAUUGCCAAAAAACAAAAAGCAAAUCGUCGUCGACAGGAAAAAAAGAAACUUAAACAAGACGUUGUUGAAGAAUCAUCUUCGACAAGAUCAAUUGGUGAUUCUCAAUCCAUAGACGAUUCUGCAGAAGAAUCAUCAUCACCUACACAAACUCCUCGUCCAAAAAGAAGUCGCAAAACCAUCAAUUAUGCCAUACCAAUGGAUAUUCCAGAAGUUGAUACAGAAACUGUAUCUCUGUCAAAACGGAAAAAAGGAAAAGGAGAAGAAAAAAAUGUCUCUAUAAAGGUGAAAAAGGAAAAAGAGAGUACAAAAGAUAACGUUCCUAAUGAUGAACUUGAUGAUGAACCUGAAGAUGGACCUGAAAAUCGUUCAAAACGAAAACGCAAAUCCAAAGAUCAAGAUGUUGAAGAGGUUAAAGCUGAAACUUCCAAAAAAACGGAAGAAAAGACAAGGCCAAACCGUAAAGUUAAAAACAAGAAAAAGGAAUCUACAAUAAUUACCUUAUCUCUUAAUAAUGAUAGAAUUAAUAAGAGAGAUGAAAUAACAGAGGAUAUGGAAGUUGAGGCGGCACCUAGACCUAAACGUUAUAAAACCAAGUCAGUUGAAAAAAAGAGUGCUGCACUCCAUAAUCAUAUCCUAGAAUGUCUUAGUCAUAUUACGAAUUUGCGUGUUAAAGGACGUCGAGGACAAUAUCGGUAUCGUGCAGAAUUAUUCUAUGAACUUCCUAGUAAACAAGUUUAUCCUUACUAUUAUGAUCAAAUCAAAAAACCAAUUUCAAUUAAUAUAAUUCGUCAGAAGAUUGAAGAUCACUUAUAUAAUAGCGCUGAAGAAUUUAAGAGGGAUAUGGAAUUAAUGUUUGCCAAUGCGAAAUCAUUCAAUCUUGAGGGAUCAGAUGUUUAUAAAGAUUCCGAGAUUAUGCAAAAAUCAUUCAAUAUUAAAUAUGAAGCACUUUUCAAUAAAGAUUAUGUCUCUAAUGUAGGAUAG